CUUGGUAUGCUCCAAGAUGGCGGCCCCCAUGGCGAGGUGCGGGAUCCUCCUGGCGUGGAGAGUGCCUGUGACUCGACUCUCCCUGGCAGGUAAAAGAUGUCUGCUUUCUGCAGCAUAUGUAGACAGCCACAAAUGGGAAGCAAGAGAAAAAGAAGAUUGUCACCUCGCUGAUCUAGCAUCUUUAAUGGAUAAAACAUAUGAGAAAAAGUUGCCUGUUAGUUCUUUAACAAUAUCACGGUUUGUGGACAACAUUUCAUCUCGAGAAGAGAUAGAUCAUGCAGAGUAUUACCUUUACAAAUUCCGACACAGCCCCAACUGCUGGUACCUGAGAGACUGGACUAUCCACACCUGGAUCAGGCAGUGCCUGAAAUACGGCGCGCAGGACAAAGCCUUAUAUACCCUUGUGAAUAAAGUUCAAUAUGGAAUUUUUCCAGAUAACUUUACAUUCAAUUUACUGAUGGAUUAUUUCAUAAAGAAAGACAAUUACAAAGAUGCUUUAUCUGUGGUUUUUGAGGUCAUGAUGCAAGAAGCCUUUGAAGUGCCUUCCACCCAACUUCUCUCCCUCCAUGUUUUACACCAUUGUCUGGCAAAGAAGACAGACUUCACUUGGGAAGAGGAGAGGAACUUCGGUGCUUCCCUGUUACUCCCAGGCCUGAAGCAGAAGAACGCGGUGGGGUUGAGUUCUCAGUUGUAUGGCUAUGCGCUUCUUGGGAAGGUGGAGUUGCAGCAAGGGCUGCGGGCUGUGUACCACAACAUGCCCCUGCUGUGGCGGCCCGGAUACCUUGACAGAGCCCUUCAGGUGAUGGAGAAGGUGGCCUCCUCCCCAGAGGAUGGAAAGCUGUGCGGAGAAGCGCUCGAUGUGCUGGACAGAGUCCUGAAGGCCCUGAGUGCCCCGGCCCCUGGCUCUUCGGAGGAACGGCCCCGUGAAGGGGAGGACAGCCAGCGGCCAGAGGAGCUGAUGGAGCAGCUGGACGUGGAGGAAACCGAACAGUCCAAGCUCCCCCGGUACCGGGAACGAUUUAAGGCCUUACAUUCUCAGCUGCAGGCUCUGGGCAGAGUUGAGUCAAGAAGCCUUUUGACUCUGACCACUCAGCUCAUCGAAGAACAGCUCCCCGCCUGCGAAGCAGAGGACAUCGCCGCCUAUGAGCAGAAGCUGCAGCAGUGGCAUCAGGAGCGGCUGUACUUGAUCCAGAGGGAACAGGAGCAGAGAAAGCGAGCGAAGCAGGAGCACCAGGCUCGGAGGGCAGCAAAGGCGUCCGCCUGACGGCCCCACGGGCCCCAGCCCGCCACAGGGGCCGCACUGGCCCCCGUCAUGGGACUGACUCAUCGCCACCGUGAUGGCCGCCUCAGCUCCUCCAUCUGUCUCCUCCCUUCCUUAAAGCCGGCCACUCAUGGUAUAAAAGCCAUGAUGUUCCAUACAUGCAGGCCCUGUGACUGCCCGUCCAUAUAGUUCCAAGGGCUGUGGGGCUAUGAAAGGGGCUAGUGGUGAGACUGAAGCCACCAGCCGAACACCUCAGGAGGAGCUCUUUAGGUUUAUGGUGGAGUUCCUGAGGGACGGGCCGAUUUUGAACACUGAAGGUUCCUGACACCUUGCGAUGGUGGCGGGAGAGGUCAUGGUUUUAAGAAUCAGGUCUCCGGUACAGGCUUUUGACUGGUCUCUCUCCCCCCAGCCAACGCAAACUGCAUGUCCUGGGACCUCGUCCCCCUUCUCCCUGGGGCAGGCACUCAGCCUGAGCAGGGUGUGGGUGCCCGCUCAUCCCCACACUUCCCUUCCCCCGUGUCUCACCUUCAGACCCAACUUUGAGAAGUUCAGUGCAGGACGAAACACAAGACCCACUUACUGGCUUUCAAAUUUUAGGAACCUGUAGUGGCAUUUUUGGAAUGUAAAGACUUUUGAGGAGAAAGCUAGGCUCCUUGGCCAGAAGCUUCUCAAUCGUGUUGGAGUAACUUUUUUCCAACACUUUUUCUCAGCUUCGUUAAGUGGAUCAGUCGAGCCUUUCAUGCAGGCACAUGCACACGUCCAACCUGUGAACACACCUUUCAGUGACAGAAGCUGGAGAAAAGGAGAGCUGGGAUGGGGCUUACAGUGCCUGGGAGACAUGGACAAUUGCAACUCUCUCGGGAGGCAGAAAAUUCCUGAAGUUUCUAAGUGACAGGAUUUGGGGAGAGCUCUGGCUUGCUAUGUAAUUUUGCCUUUAAGUACAGUGGUGUACUUUUAUUCAGGAUUCUGUUCUUUUAUCAGGAACCUAUGGAAAUAAAUGUU